GUUUUUGCCGAAAGAACACAGCCGUUUCUUAUCAAUUUAUUUAUCAUUUCUUAUCAGUUUACCUUUAGUUUAACUUUUUAUUUCAUGUAUGCCUCACGCCAACUAAGCCGCAUUGUUUUGUAAUUAAGAUCAGAUCAAGGUCAAAUCUUUAUCAAUAUCCAUUUCAAAUAAUAGUUACAAAUAUGGUUGCAAAAGCGCCUACUGUUAGGUUAUCGAGUGGAUUCGUAAUGCCUGUUGUGGGCUUAGGCACUUAUGCGAGAAAGGCAGAACCUGGACAAUUCAGGCAGGCAGUAGAAUGGGGCAUAGAAUUGGGGUAUCGACAUAUAGACACAGCAUCAUGCUAUAAAAAUGAAGAGGAAGUUGGAGAAGCGAUUGGCAAUAAAAUUAAACAAGGUGUUGUUACACGGGUAGAGCUUUUUGUUACUACUAAGCUGUGGAGUGACAAGCAUGCAGAAGCAGAUGUAUUGCCUUCCCUGAAGGAGUCCCUUGCUAAGCUACGGUUGGACUAUGUCGACCUCUAUUUAAUUCACUGGCCAGUAUCUUUUAAUGAUAAAGGGGAAGAUGCUGAAAUAGAUUAUUUAGAAACCUGGAAGGGUAUGGAGAAGCUCGUUGAUCUGGGUCUUACGAAGUCGAUAGGCGUCUCAAACUUCAAUGAGGAGCAGUUAGAAAGACUACUUAAGGUGGCUACAAUUAAACCUGUUGUUAAUCAAAUUGAGAUUAACCCGACACUAACGCAACACUCUCUAGUGGACUACUGCAAGACACAUUCCAUUAUACCUGUGGCUUAUACACCACUCGGUCUAAUAUCUGAGGCGAGGCCGGAGUUUGCCGGGAAAGAUGCUAUCAAAACGGAUCCCAAGUUGGGAGAAAUCGCAGACAAAUAUGGGAACACUAGGGCGCAGAUAGCCUUGAAAUAUUUGGUACAACGCGGCAUCGCGGUGGUUCCGAAAUCAUUCACAAAGUCGCGCAUAGCUCAGAACAUUGAUAUCUUCGAUUUUCAGCUGACGCCCGAAGAGAUGGCUGUUGUCGAUAGUUAUAAUAUCGAUCACAGAUGUGUGCCCGGGCUAGCUCUGUCGAAACUUAAAUACUUCCCGUUCUUGGAUAGAAUGGUUGGGAAAGCGCCAACAGUUAAGUUAUCGAAUGGUUAUGUAAUGCCUGUCGUUGGCUUGGGUACUUAUGCAGCUAAAUCAGAACCAGGACAAUACAGGCAGGCGGUUGAAUGGAGCAUAGAUCUUGGGUAUCGCCACAUAGACACUGCAUCGAUUUAUAAAAAUGAAGAGGAGGUCGGAGAAGGAAUUGACAAUAAAAUCAAAGACGGCGUUGUUAAACGAGAAGAACUUUUUGUCACUACAAAGUUAUGGAACGAUCGUCACGCAGAAGCGGACGUGUUGCCGUCUUUGAAGGCGUCCCUCGCCCGGCUUCGGCUGGACUAUGUAGACCUAUAUUUAGUGCAUUGGCCAGUCUCCACAGAUGAAAACGAUAAAGAUACGGGCAUAGACUAUCUGGAAACUUGGAGGGGUAUGGAGAAGCUCAUUAGUCUGGGCCUAACGAAGUCUAUAGGCGUCUCAAACUUCAAUGAGGAGCAGUUGGAAAGACUUCUACAGGCGGCUACUAUUAAACCUGUGGUGAAUCAAAUUGAGAUAAGUCCAACCUUAACCCAGCAUGGAUUAGUCGAUUUCUGCAAGUCCCGGUCUGUGAUUCCCGUGGCGUACACACCGCUAGGCCUGAUCUCCGUGGCUUGGCCCGAGCCCACUGGAAAAGACAUCAUCAAGUCUGACCCAAAGUUGGGAGAGCUCGCCAAGAAAUAUGGGAGAAGUCGGUCGCAGAUUGCAUUGAAAUAUUUGCUACAGCGUGGCAUCCCGGUGAUACCGAAAUCUUUCACAAAGGCGCGGAUAGCUGAGAACAUCGAUCUCUUUGAUUUCCAGCUAACGGACGACGAGAUCGCACUAGUAGACAGCUAUAAUAUCAACCACAGAUGUGUGCCGAAAUUAGAAUGGACCGAUAACAAGAACUACCCAUUUUAAUUAUGUUUUUAUUAACUUAAUAAUUUUCACUUUAUUUCACUAAUCUGUGCAAAAAAAACAGUUAUUUGGUGUGUUUAUUCAGCAGAGUAAUAAUGUAAUUUACCACCGAAUAAAUAUUUUACAUAUUA